AAGCCCAUGCGCGGGGGCGCUCCCGCCCUUUCGGCUUGAGCGGCAGCAGCGUUUCCUUCCCGGCGGCUCCGGCGCGGCGCGAACAUGGCGGACCAGGCCAUCUCCUUCCUCAAGGACUUUCUGGCCGGCGGCGUCGCCGCCGCCAUCAGCAAGACUGCGGUGGCGCCCAUCGAGCGGGUCAAGCUCUUGCUGCAGGUGCAACAUGCCAGUAAACAGAUUGCUGCUGAUAAGCAGUACAAGGGUAUCAUCGAUUGUGUAGUGCGUAUUCCAAAGGAACAAGGAGUGCUGUCUUUCUGGCGAGGAAAUUUGGCAAAUGUCAUCAGAUACUUCCCAACUCAAGCUCUUAAUUUUGCCUUCAAGGAUAAGUAUAAGCAGGUGUUUUUGGGAGGUGUAGACAAGCACACUCAGUUCUGGAGGUAUUUUGCUGGUAACCUGGCAUCUGGUGGUGCAGCUGGAGCCACUUCCCUCUGCUUUGUCUACCCCUUGGAUUUUGCAAGAACCCGUUUGGCUGCUGAUGUUGGAAAAGCUGGUGCAGACAGAGAAUUCUCUGGUCUCGGGGACUGUCUAGUCAAAAUCACCAAGUCUGAUGGUGUGCGUGGCUUGUACCAAGGGUUCAAUGUCUCUGUCCAAGGCAUCAUCAUCUAUAGAGCUGCCUACUUUGGGAUCUAUGAUACAGCAAAAGGCAUGCUCCCAGAUCCCAGAAACACUCACAUUGUUAUCAGCUGGAUGAUUGCCCAGACAGUGACUGCUGUGGCUGGCGUGGUCUCCUAUCCUUUUGAUACAGUGCGGCGUAGGAUGAUGAUGCAGUCAGGACGCAAAGGAGCUGAUAUCAUGUACUCUGGAACAAUUGACUGCUGGCGGAAGAUUGCAAGGGAUGAAGGAGGAAAGGCCUUCUUCAAGGGUGCAUGGUCUAAUGUUCUCAGAGGCAUGGGGGGUGCUUUUGUGCUUGUGCUGUAUGAUGAAUUCAAGAAAGUAAUUUAAACAGCCUAAAUAGAAUUGGAAAUCAAGUUGAGCAGAUCAUGUAGAAUAACUACCAUUAUGGACCAUUGACCUUCAAGAAAUUCCUGUGAGUCUUAUUUAUCGGAGCCAGAUGAUACUUCUGGAUGGGGCUAGAAACUGACAUAGUGUACUGAUCCACUUCUCUGUAACGUGCAUGAAAACACUGAAUCUGGCAAUUCAGUGUGACAGUUUUUCUUUACAGCAGUAAGGAAUGAGUGGUGUUGGUUCUGGGUCCAAAGUUGUUAGGUCCAAUUUAGGCAGAAAAACUAUCAUUUGCCUGUGGAUCAUUCUUCAGUUUCAAGUCCUAUCUUAUAGGACCAUAAAAUUGUAUUUGAAAGCAUUUGCUAACAAAUCAUGGUUUUUUUCCACUUGUACUGAAGCACUAUGUACCAUUUUGCACAGCUGAACAUCUAGCAACUUUGUUCUUAAAUUGGGGCAUUCUGCUGUAAAACAAUAAACAUACUUACUCGG